GGUAAACUAGUGAUGUAUUACACAAGCACAAAGGGGGAAGAAAAGUAGUAUUCAGAGAACAGAGAGUUUAUAUACAAGGCUUUGGAAGGAGUUGAUGAAUCCAGGUUAUUAUAAACACAACCAUGGAUGAAUUCACUCCAUUAGAUUGCCUUUUGCCUUCAGGAAAACAAAGGAUUUGCUUGGUUAUCCUAAACCAGCCGUUGGAUGAGCGCUACUUUCAUGUACUGUGGAGUAAAGCCCAGAUCCGGGCCUGUGCGGAUGGAGGUGCCAAUCACCUAUACCAGCUCACGGAGGGCCGUCGCGAGAGUUUUCUUCCAGACUACAUAAAUGGAGACUUUGAUUCGAUCCUGCCAGAGGUCAAGGCGUUUUAUGCGGGAAAGAACUGCAAGCUAAUGGAAACGCCGGACCAGGAUCUGACAGACUUCACUAAGUGCUUGGCCAUUAUGGUGGAGGAGAUCAAAGCAAAGAAACUGCAGAUAGACAGCAUCGUAACACUGGGAGGUUUAGGGGGCCGUUUUGAUCAAACCAUGGCCACGGUGGAGACCUUGUUUCAUGCGCAAAAGAUGACCGAUCUGCCAGUUGUAGUUAUACAAGACUCUUCUCUGGCCUUCCUCCUUAAAGAGGGCCGACAUCACCAGCUGAAUGUGAACACCGGCAUGGAGGGUAAAUGGUGCAGUCUGAUUCCUGUGGGCUCUCCCUGUCUCACCACCACUUCUGGGCUUAAAUGGAACUUAGACAAUCAAGUACUGGCUUUUGGACAACUAGUGAGCACAUCCAACACUUACGAAGACCACAAUCCUAAAGACGGCAGAAAACCUGUGACCAUCACCACUGAUAACCCCCUUUUGUGGAGUAUGGGAAUUAAACGAAUUUGAACAAGCCAAACAUUUCUUUAACAUCCAAAAGUGCCUUAAUUGUAUUUAAUUACUGAAGACAAGGAAUAGUGUAACCUUUGAUUUAUUAACACAGCCAAAUAGAAAUGUUAACACAAAAAAACCAACAUGAUUUAUACAAAAUGUCCGCAUUCAGUUCAUCAUCCAACAUUGUUUGAGGCAGCCGAAGGUCUGUUUGGCUUCACAGUCCAGUCGAUUUAACCACCACUGUUAAGAGACAAAAACAGUCCGGCUUUAAUCACAGGAAAUCUAAUCACAGACUGAAUGCAACAGGCUAUUUGCACAUCUUCACUGUAGCGGUUAUUUAUAAUGAUUUUUUAAGCAAUUCUUUGCAAAUAAUGUGAGGAAUAAAAGACUUAAGAUCGUUA